AUGUGUAUUGACAUUUUAUUGGGAAUAUUAAAUCAGAUAUUCCUUUUGUGAUAAAAUGGCUGAGAAACCGAAGACGGACAAAGUCUCCAAAAUGAGUUUGAAGUCCACGGAGCAACCUAAGCCUGCCAAAGACGAACUGAUACCGGCGCUGACCCCGGGCGACAGCAAGGUCUGGCAGUACGCCCGUCCGAUGAAAAUGCCAAACCCAAAAAAAGAUUUCCAAAUAUCCAAACGGUACUUGCAAAAACUUGGCAUCAACGAUGAAUCCGUCUGGGAACUCUUGACCCACGCUUUGCAGAGAGUGAGUGAGUAUAAAGGUGAAGUCACAGUUGACACGUUCCAACACAUCAUAAGGAAUUUGCUCAAAAAUGUACGUGUGAGGGAACCGGCUCCGUUUCGUGAAGUGUACACCGAACCUUUGGCCAGGGUGCCCAGUGAAAACGCGAGAGGUUUGUACACCGGCCUGAAGUACAAAUGGGACAACGACGAAAGGGAGCCUGAUCCCAACACCGUACCCGACCCCCAGUACCUCGAAAAGAUGAGACUUUUGACAGAAGCAGGAGUCGGCCUGACAAAAGUCGAAAUUUACGAUGUCAUGAUCGCCAUGAAAAAGGUCACGGAACAGAACAACAUCUCAAAAGCGCGCUUUUGGGGGAAAAUAUUCGGCCUCCACAAAAAUUAUUACGUUAUUGAAGCGGACCCGCACCCCGAUGUUAUAACUCAAGCUAAAGAGGCGGAAAAAUUGAUGACCUCCAUGGCGAAGGCGAGCGCUGCAGCUGAAGCGGCGAAAGGACACUUGAGAAAGCAAGAAGCCGACGUAGUCGAGAAGCUCCGAGGUAUGAAAGAAGAAGUAGUCGCCAUCAAAGAAGGAAUCGUGAAAGCUUUGGCCGAAGUCGAAGCCCAGAAACCGCCGGAGCAGCCCGAACCUCCGGGCCCUCCGUUUUUGAAUCUUCUCGCGAAAUACAAAAUGCCUCCAGUGCCACAGCCCCCGGGGUUCAAAGAAAUAGUCGUCCCGCCAGAGCCUCUCGGAGAAGGUCUGAACUGGAAGCAGUAUUACGUGUGCAACAACCCUUACGAUCAUUGGGUAAGGUUACCUGAGGUGACGCCCCUGCAGAUAACGUGCGCCAGGACUAUUACCAGAUUUCUCACAGGUGAUCUGGAACACGAAUUUCUCUCGUUUCCCCAAUUCCCAGGGAAAGAAAAACAUUUGCUCAGAGCUCAGAUUGCCAGAAUCACGGCCAGUACGACGAUAUGUCCUGUUGGAUAUUACAUCACCCAACUGGGUGAAGAAGAGAUCAUGGGAGACGACGUGAUUCCCGGCGGCUUCAUAGAAAACCCAGACUACCACCCACCACCGCUCAAAUGCCUCUUGCAUUCCGAGAGGAAAUAUUGGAUGCACUGUCGCCAAUACAUCUUGCCCCAAGGGAGGACCAAGUACUGGAAGAAACCCGACGACUUCGGUGAGUUCGGAGAAGCUUGGGCGGACUGGGACGAAGACGAGUUGAAAGGGCGUUUCGGACCUCCGCCUCUCACACUUAUCAGCAGAGAUGAUUCGCCCGAUGCGGAUAAAUGUUGGUCCCUUCGAAGGGCCUACAGGUCGAUGGGGAAGAACCAGAUCGUGAUGGCGCGUUCCAACGUUUGGCCAGGUGCCUUCUGCGUCAACCGCGGUUACACCUUCGUCAACAUCUACGUCGGCCUCGGUACCAAACACUUCGCUAACUACUUCUGGCCGUCUCCCGUCCCUCCGAUCUGGUGGGAGUACGAACACGGCCCGGAAAUCAUGGAAAUCGCGGACCCUACUCCAGAAGAAGAAGAGGCCUGGAGGCUGGCGCAUAUGCCGAAAGUUCCACAGCCUCCGGUCAAAGGUGUGCUCGGUGAAGGUGGUGAAGGAGAAGAAGAAGAAGAACUCUAGUGUCUUAUUUCUUGUUUGUUUUUGUUUUUCUUCCAAUUUUCAAAUGCAAUUUUUAAUUUCCACGAACAAUUUGAUCUACAACAUAUGUGCUUUCGAAAAAACGAAAGUUUUUAAAUAGUGUUGACAUACCUUCGCUUCGUAGUUCUACAUUAUUUGAACGUUCGAAAAGUUUUUUUUAUUUAUUCAAGUUGCGCCCGGUCUUUCUUUCUGAGGAGAAUAACUAUCUGAGGAUGAAAGAAUAAAAGACGCGAACAGGUUUGACAGACUGACACAUACUGACUUUUCAGGCAAGUUUAAACAAAUACGAUAUUUCUUUUAAAUACAUAUAUUUAUUGCAAAAGUU